CCGGCCGGACCCGAGCGCGCCCGGAGCCAUGGCCGACGGGGGCGAAGGCGAGGACGAGAUCCAGUUCCUGCGCACGGACGACGAGGUGGUCCUGCAGUCCACCGCCACCAUCCACAAGGAGCAGCAGAAGCUGUGCCUGGCGGCAGAGGGCUUCGGCAACCGGCUGUGCUUCUUGGAGUCCACGUCCAAUUCCAAGAAUGUCCCCCCAGACCUGUCCAUCUGCACCUUCGUCCUGGACCAGUCCCUGUCGGUGCGGGCCCUGCAGGAGAUGCUGGCUAACACCGUGGAGAGACCGGAAGGGAAAUUCAUGAUGAAGACGGCCCAGGGUGGCGGCCAUCGGACCCUCCUCUACGGACACGCCAUACUGCUCCGCCAUUCGUACAGCGGCAUGUAUCUGUGCUGCCUGUCGACCUCCCGGUCAUCAACGGACAAACUGGCUUUUGACGUGGGCCUGCAGGAGGCCACCACAGGCGAGGCGUGCUGGUGGACCAUACACCCAGCCUCCAAGCAGCGGUCGGAAGGAGAGAAAGUCCGGGUGGGAGAUGACCUCAUCUUGGUCAGCGUGUCCUCGGAGAGGUACUUGCACCUGUCCUACGGCACCGGCAGCCUGCACGUGGACGCGGCCUUCCAGCAGACCCUGUGGAACGUGGCCCCCAUCAGCUCGGGGAGCGAGGCCGCCCAAGGGUACCUGAUCGGCGGCGACGUCCUCCGGCUGCUCCACGGCCACAUGGACGAGUGCCUCACCGUCCCGUCGGGGGAGCACGGAGAAGAGCAGAGGAGAACUGUUCACUAUGAAGGUGGCGCUGUCUCUGUUCACGCUCGCUCCCUUUGGAGACUGGAGACGCUAAGGGUUGCGUGGAGCGGGAGCCACAUCCGCUGGGGCCAGCCCUUCCGCCUGCGCCACGUCACCACCGGCAAGUACCUGAGCCUCCUGGAAGACAAGAACCUGCUGCUCAUGGACAAAGAGAAGGCGGACGUGAAAUCAACAGCCUUUACCUUCCGGUCUUCCAAGGAAAAAUUAGAUGUUGGAGUGAGAAAAGAAGUAGACGGCAUGGGGACGUCCGAGAUCAAGUACGGAGACUCGGUCUGCUACAUCCAGCACGUGGAUACGGGCCUGUGGCUCACCUACCAGGCCGUGGAUGCGAAAUCCGCCAGGAUGGGGUCUGGGCAGCGCAAGGCCAUUAUGCACCACGAAGGACACAUGGACGACGGCUUGAAUCUCUCCAGAUCUCAGCACGAGGAGUCGCGCACGGCCCGCGUCAUCCGCAGCACCGUCUUCCUCUUCAACAGAUUCAUAAGGGGCCUCGACGCUCUGAGCAAGAAAGCCAAGGCGCCGAGCGUGGACCUGCCCAUCGAGUCGGUGAGCCUGAGCCUGCAGGACCUCAUCGGCUACUUCCACCCGCCGGACGAGCACCUGGAGCACGAGGACAAGCAGAACCGGCUGCGCGCCCUGAAGAACCGGCAGAACCUCUUCCAGGAGGAGGGCGUGAUCAGCCUGGUGCUGGAGUGCAUCGACCACCUGCACGUCUACAGCAGCGCCGCGCACUUCGCCGACGUGGCGGGCCGGGAGGCGGCGCAGUCCUGGAAGUCCAUCCUCAACUCCCUGUACGAGCUGCUGGCUGCCCUCAUUAGAGGAAAUCGCAAGAACUGUGCUCAGUUUUCUGGCUCCCUGGACUGGCUUAUCAGCAGACUGGAAAGACUAGAAGCUUCCUCAGGCAUCCUCGAAGUGCUGCACUGCGUGCUGGUGGAGAGCCCGGAGGCCCUGAACAUCAUCAAGGAAGGGCACAUCAAGUCCAUCAUCUCGCUCUUGGACAAGCACGGGCGGAACCACAAGGUCCUGGACGUCCUGUGCUCACUCUGCGUGUGCCACGGGGUGGCCGUGCGGUCCAACCAGCACCUCAUCUGUGACAAUCUCCUGCCGGGAAGAGACCUUCUGUUGCAGACGCGUCUCGUGAACCACGUCAGCAGCAUGAGGCCCAACAUCUUCCUGGGCGUGAGCGAGGGCUCGGCGCAGUACAAGAAGUGGUACUACGAGCUCAUGGUGGACCACACGCAGCCCUUCGUGACCGCCGAGGCCACGCACCUGCGCGUGGGCUGGGCCUCCACCGAGGGCUGCUCCCCCUACCCGGGGGGCGGCGAGGAGUGGGGCGGCAACGGCGUGGGCGACGACCUCUUCUCCUACGGCUUCGACGGCCUCCAGCUCUGGGCAGGGUGCGUGGCCCGGACCGUCAGCUCCCCAAACCAGCACCUGCUGCGGACCGACGACGUGGUCAGCUGCUGUUUGGACCUCAGCGCACCCAGCAUCUCCUUCCGCAUCAACGGGCAGCCCGUGCAGGGGAUGUUUGAGAACUUCAACAUCGACGGCCUCUUCUUCCCCGUGGUCAGCUUCUCCGCGGGCAUCAAGGUCCGCUUUUUGCUGGGAGGGCGGCACGGAGAAUUCAAGUUCCUCCCCCCGCCCGGGUACGCGCCGUGUUACGAAGCCGUUCUCCCCAAAGAGAAGCUGAAAGUGGAGCACAGCCGAGAAUACAAGCAGGAAAGGACGUACACGCGGGACCUGCUGGGACCCACCGUGGCCCUCACCCAAGCGGCCUUCACCCCGGUGCCCGUGGACACCAGCCAGAUCGUCCUGCCCCCUCACCUGGAAAGGAUCAGAGAGAAGCUGGCAGAAAAUAUCCAUGAGCUCUGGGUGAUGAAUAAGAUUGAACUUGGCUGGCAGUACGGUCCGGUGAGAGAUGAUAACAAGAGACAGCACCCGUGUCUGGUGGAGUUCUGCAAGCUGCCCGAACAGGAACGUAAUUACAACUUGCAGAUGUCUCUGGAGACCCUGAAGACGCUGCUGGCGCUGGGGUGUCACGUGGGAAUAGCCGACGAGCACGCGGAAGAGAAGGUGAAGAAAAUGAAGCUUCCCAAGAAUUACCAGCUGACGAGCGGCUACAAGCCCGCGCCCAUGGACUUGAGCUUCAUCAAACUCACGUCCUCUCAGGAAGCCAUGGUGGACAAGCUGGCCGAGAACGCGCACAACGUGUGGGCGCGGGACCGCAUCCGUCAGGGCUGGACCUACGGCAUCCAGCAGGACGUAAAGAACAGGAGAAACCCCCGCCUAGUGCCUUACACCCUCCUGGAUGACCGGACCAAGAAAUCCAACAAGGACAGCCUUCGGGAGGCCGUGCGCACACUGCUGGGCUACGGCUACAGCCUGGAGGCCCCCGACCAGGACCACGCGGCCCGCGCCGAGGCGGGCGGCGGCGGCCCCGGCGAGCGGUUCCGCAUCUUCCGCGCCGAGAAGACGUACGCGGUGCGCAGCGGGCGCUGGUACUUCGAGUUCGAGGCGGUGUCGGCCGGGGACAUGCGCGUGGGCUGGAGCCGCCCCGGCUGCCAGCCCGACCUGGAGCUGGGCUCCGACGAGCGCGCCUUCGCCUUCGACGGCUUCAAGGCGCAGCGGUGGCACCAGGGCAACGAGCACUACGGGCGCUCGUGGCAGGCCGGGGACGUGGUGGGCUGCAUGGUGGACAUGAACGAGCACACCAUGAUGUUCACCCUCAACGGGGAGGUCCUGCUGGACGACGCGGGCUCCGAGCUGGCCUUCAAGGACUUCGACGUGGGCGACGGAUUCAUUCCCGUGUGUAGCCUCGGAGUGGGGCAAGUGGGCAGGAUGAACUUCGGGAAGGACGUCAGCACCCUGAAAUACUUCACCAUCUGUGGCCUGCAGGAGGGUUACGAGCCGUUCGCCGUCAACACCAACCGGGACAUCACCAUGUGGCUCAGCAAGAGACUCCCGCAGUUCCUCCAGGUGCCGGCCAACCACGAGCACAUCGAGGUGACCAGGAUCGACGGCACCACCGACACGUCCCCGUGUCUGAAGGUCACCCAGAAGUCCUUCGGCUCCCAGAACAGCACCACCGACAUCAUGUUCUACCGUCUGAGCAUGCCCAUCGAGUGCGCCGAGGUCUUCUCCAAGACCGUGCCCGGGGGCCUCUCCGGCGCCGGCCUCUUCGCGCCCAAGAACGACCUGGAAGACUACGACGCGGAUUCUGACUUCGAGGUUCUCAUGAAGACGGCCCACGGCCACCUCGUGCCCGACCGCCUCGAGAAAGACAAAGAAGCCACCAAGUCCGAGUUUAAUAACCAUAAGGACUAUGCUCAGGAGAAGCCCUCUCGCCUGAAGCAAAGAUUUUUACUUAGAAGAACAAAGCCGGAUUACAGCGCCAGCCACUCUGCCCGGCUCACCGAGGACGUCUUGGCCGAUGAUCGCGAUGACUACGAGUACCUCAUGCACACCUCCACGUAUUACUACUCAGUGAGGAUCUUCCCUGGGCAGGAGCCCGCGAACGUCUGGGUGGGCUGGAUCACGUCUGAUUUCCAUCAGCACGACACCGGCUUUGACUUGGACCGAGUCCGGACGGUGACCGUCACCCUGGGGGAUGAGAAGGGAAAAGUCCACGAAAGCAUCAAACGCAGCAACUGCUACAUGGUGUGUGCAGGCGAGAGCAUGAGCCCCGGGCAAGGCCGUAACAACAACGGCUUGGAGAUCGGCUGUGUGGUGGAUGCGGCCAGCGGGCUGCUCACGUUCAUCGCCAAUGGCAAGGAGCUGAGCACCUACUACCAGGUGGAGCCAAGCACAAAAUUGUUUCCUGCUGUGUUUGCACAAGCUACAAGCCCCAAUGUGUUCCAGUUUGAGCUGGGAAGAAUAAAGAACGUGAUGCCUCUCUCGGCGGGCUUGUUCAAGAGCGAGCACAAGAACCCCGUGCCGCAGUGCCCGCCGCGCCUGCACGUGCAGUUCCUGUCGCACGUCCUGUGGAGCCGGAUGCCCAACCAGUUUUUGAAGGUGGAUGUCUCUCGCAUCAGUGAGCGCCAGGGCUGGCUGGUGCAGUGUUUGGACCCACUGCAGUUCAUGUCCCUGCACAUCCCCGAGGAGAACAGGUCCGUGGACAUCCUGGAGCUGACGGAGCAGGAGGAGCUGCUGAGGUUCCACUACCACACGCUGCGGCUCUACUCGGCCGUGUGCGCCCUGGGGAACCACCGGGUGGCCCACGCCCUGUGCAGCCACGUGGACGAGCCGCAGCUGCUCUACGCCAUCGAGAGCAAGUACAUGCCCGGCCUGCUGCGCGCAGGCUACUACGACCUGCUCAUCGACAUCCACCUGGGCUCCUACGCCACCGCCCGGCUCAUGAUGAACAGCGAGUUCAUCGUCCCCAUGACCGAGGAGACCAAGAGCAUCACGCUGUUCCCCGACGCGCGCAAGAAGCACGGGCUGCCGGGCAUCGGCCUGAGCACCUCCCUGCGGCCCCGCAUGCGGUUCUCCUCCCCCAGCUUCGUGGGCGUGGGCGGCGACGGCUACCAGCACAGCCCCGAGUUCCCGCUGGACGUCCUGAAGGCCAAGACCAUCCGCAUGCUGACGGAGGCGGUGGAGGAGGGCGGCCUCCGCGCGCGGGACCCCGUCGGGGGCACCACCGAGUUCCUCUUCGUGCCCCUCAUCAAGCUCUUCUACACCCUGCUCAUCAUGGGCCUCUUCCACAGCGAGGACCUCAAGCAGCUCCUGCAGCUCAUCGAGCCCAGCGUGUUCAAGGAGGCUGCCGGCCCCGAGGAGCGGAGGCGGCGGCGGGGGGACCGGCCCGAGCCGGGGCUCGCUGCCGACGACGCCAGGCUGGAAGGGGAAGACGAGGCCAGAGCGGUCAAGAGGCCCAAGGAGGGCCUCCUGCAGAUGAAGCUGCCCGAGCCCGUGAAACUGCAGAUGUGCCUGCUGCUCCAGUACCUCUGCGACUGCCAGGUGCGCCACCGGAUAGAAGCGAUCGUGGCCUUCUCGGACGACUUCGUGGCGAAGCUCCAGGACAACCAGCGCUUUCGCUACAACGAGGUGAUGCAGGCCUUGAACAUGUCCGCCGCGCUCACGGCCAGGAAGACCAAGGAAUUCCGCUCGCCCCCUCAGGAGCAGAUCAACAUGCUCCUCAACUUCAAAGAUGACAAAAGCGAAUGUCCCUGUCCCGAAGAAAUCCGUGACCAGCUCCUGGAUUUCCACGAGGAUUUGAUGACGCAUUGCGGCAUUGAGCUGGAUGAAGAUGGCUCUCUGGACGGAAGCAGCGACCUAACCAUCAGGGGACGCCUGAUGUCCCUGGUAGAAAAGGUGACCUACCUGAAGAAGAAGCCGGCGGAAAAGCCGGUGGCCAGCGACACCGCCAAGUCCUCCACCCUCCAGCAGCUGAUUUCGGAUACCAUGGUCCGGUGGGCGCAAGAGUCUGUCAUCGAGGACCCCGAGUUGGUGAGGGCCAUGUUCGUGCUGCUGCACCGGCAGUACGAUGGCAUCGGGGGCCUGGUCCGGGCCCUGCCGAAGACCUACACCAUCAACGGCGUGUCGGUGGAGGACACCAUUAACCUGCUGGCCUCGCUGGGGCAGAUCCGCUCCCUGCUGAGUGUGCGGAUGGGCAGAGAGGAGGAGAAGCUGAUGAUCCGUGGACUGGGAGACAUCAUGAACAACAAAGUGUUUUAUCAGCACCCGAACCUCAUGAGAGCCCUUGGGAUGCACGAGACGGUGAUGGAGGUGAUGGUGAACGUCCUGGGCGGGGGAGAGUCCAAGGAGAUCACCUUUCCCAAGAUGGUGGCCAAUUGUUGCCGUUUUCUCUGUUACUUCUGUCGUAUAAGUAGGCAGAAUCAAAAGGCUAUGUUUGAUCAUCUCAGUUAUUUACUGGAAAACAGCAGUGUUGGUCUUGCCUCCCCUGCCAUGAGGGGCUCUACCCCGCUGGAUGUAGCCGCGGCUUCAGUGAUGGAUAAUAACGAGCUUGCCCUAGCCUUGCGGGAGCCAGAUCUGGAGAAGGUCGUUCGCUACCUGGCCGGCUGUGGGCUGCAGAGCUGCCGGAUGCUGCUCACAAAAGGCUACCCGGACAUCGGCUGGAACCCCGUGGAGGGGGAGCGAUACCUGGACUUUCUCAGAUUCGCUGUCUUCUGCAACGGGGAGAGCGUGGAAGAGAACGCCAAUGUCGUGGUGAGACUGCUCAUCCGGAGACCCGAGUGCUUCGGGCCCGCCCUGCGGGGGGAAGGCGGGAACGGACUCCUGGCGGCCAUGGAGGAAGCCAUCAAGAUCGCGGAGGACCCUUCCCGCGACGGCCCGUCCCCCGCCAGCGGCUCCAGCAGGACGCUAGAUACGGAAGAGGAAGAAGACGAUACCAUCCACAUGGGGAACGCGAUCAUGACCUUCUACGCGGCCUUGAUCGACCUCCUGGGUCGCUGUGCGCCUGAGAUGCACUUGAUUCAUGCCGGGAAGGGAGAAGCCAUCAGAAUCAGGUCUAUUUUGAGAUCUCUCAUUCCCCUGGGAGACUUGGUGGGUGUGAUUAGCGUCGCUUUUCAGAUGCCAACCAUCGCCAAAGAUGGGAAUGUGGUGGAACCUGACAUGUCUGCGGGGUUUUGCCCAGAUCACAAGGCAGCCAUGGUUUUGUUCCUUGACAGGGUCUAUGGGAUUGAGGUGCAAGACUUCCUCCUCCACCUCCUGGAGGUGGGCUUUCUGCCAGAUCUCCGAGCCGCUGCUUCUCUAGACACGGCCGCGCUGAGCGCUACAGACAUGGCCUUGGCCCUCAAUAGGUACCUUUGCACGGCCGUCCUGCCUUUGCUGACGCGCUGCGCUCCCCUGUUCGCGGGCACGGAGCACCACGCCUCCCUCAUCGACUCUCUGCUCCACACGGUGUACCGACUGUCCAAGGGCUGCUCCCUCACCAAAGCCCAGCGGGACGCCAUCGAAGUGUGCCUGCUCUCCAUCUGCGGCCAAUUGAGACCUUCUAUGAUGCAGCACUUGCUGAGAAGACUAGUGUUUGACGUCCCAUUGCUAAAUGAACACGCGAAGAUGCCCCUGAAGCUGUUGACAAACCACUACGAGCGAUGCUGGAGAUACUACUGCCUGCCGGGCGGCUGGGGCAGCUUCGGGGCCGCCUCCGAGGAAGAGCUGCGUUUAUCCCGGAAGCUGUUCUGGGGCAUCUUUGAUGCCUUGUCCCAAAAGAAAUACGAACAAGAACUUUUCAAACUGGCACUGCCCUGCCUGAGCGCCGUCGCAGGAGCUCUGCCCCCCGACUACAUGGAGUCAAACUAUGUGAAUCUGAUGGAAAAACAGUCGUCCAUGGAUUCUGAAGGGAACUUUAACCCUCAGCCUGUUGAUACCUCCAAUAUUACAAUUCCUGAGAAGUUGGAAUACUUCAUUAACAAAUAUGCAGAGCAUUCCCAUGACAAAUGGUCAAUGGACAAGUUGGCAAAUGGAUGGAUUUAUGGAGAAAUAUAUUCAGACUCUUCUAAGGUUCAACCAUUAAUGAAGCCAUAUAAACUAUUGUCUGAAAAGGAAAAAGAAAUUUAUCGCUGGCCAAUCAAGGAAUCCUUAAAAACGAUGCUGGCUUGGGGCUGGAGGAUCGAGAGAACCCGGGAGGGAGACAGCAUGGCGCUGUACAACCGGACGCGCCGGAUUUCCCAGACGAGCCAGGUUUCUGUGGACGCGGCCCAUGGUUACAGCCCCCGAGCCAUUGACAUGAGCAAUGUCACACUGUCCAGGGACCUGCAUGCAAUGGCAGAAAUGAUGGCUGAAAACUAUCAUAAUAUAUGGGCAAAGAAAAAGAAAAUGGAGUUGGAAUCCAAAGGAGGUGGGAACCACCCCCUGCUCGUGCCCUACGACACGCUGACAGCCAAGGAGAAAGCCAAAGACAGGGAGAAGGCGCAGGACAUCCUCAAGUUCUUGCAGAUCAACGGUUACGCCGUGUCCAGAGGAUUCAAGGACCUGGAACUGGACACGCCUUCCAUCGAGAAGCGCUUCGCUUACAGCUUCCUCCAGCAGCUGAUUCGCUAUGUCGAUGAAGCUCACCAGUAUAUCCUGGAGUUCGACGGUGGCAGCAGAAGCAAAGGAGAGCAUUUCCCUUACGAACAGGAAAUCAAGUUCUUCGCCAAAGUUGUUCUUCCCUUGAUCGAUCAGUACUUCAAAAACCACCGCCUGUACUUCCUGUCGGCGGCGAGCAGGCCGCUCUGCACGGGAGGGCACGCCUCCAACAAGGAGAAGGAGAUGGUCACCAGCCUAUUCUGCAAACUUGGAGUACUUGUCAGGCAUAGGAUUUCACUAUUUGGAAACGACGCCACAUCAAUUGUCAACUGUCUUCACAUUUUGGGUCAGACCUUGGAUGCCAGGACGGUGAUGAAGACCGGCCUGGACAGCGUCAAGAGCGCGCUCCGCGCCUUCCUGGACAACGCGGCCGAGGACCUGGAGCAGACCCUGGAGAACCUGAAGCAGGGCCAGUUCACGCACACGCGGAGCCAGCCCAAGGGGGUCACGCAGAUCAUCAACUACACCACCGUGGCGCUGCUGCCCGUGCUCUCCUCCCUGUUCGAGCACCUCGGCCAGCACCAGUUCGGAGAAGACCUGAUGCUGGAAGACGUGCAGGUGUCUUGCUACAGAAUCCUCACGAGCUUGUACGCCCUGGGAACCAGCAAGAGCAUUUACGUGGAGAGGCAGCGCUCGGCGCUGGGCGCGUGUCUGGCGGCUUUCGCGGGCGCCUUCCCCGUGGCGUUUCUGGAAACUCAUUUGGACAAGCACAACGCCUACUCCAUCUACAACACCAAGUCCUCCCGGGAGAGGGCAGCGCUCAGUUUGCCGGCGAACGUGGAGGACGUGUGCCCCAACAUCCCGUCCCUGGAGAAGCUUCUGGGGGAGAUCGUGGAGCUGGCGGAGUCCGGGGUCCGCUACGCGCAGGCGCCGCACGCCAUGGAGGCCGUGCUGCCCAUGCUGUGCAGCUACGUGUCCCGGUGGUGGGAGCACGGCCCCGAGAGCAACCCCGAGAGGGCGGGCACCUGCUGCACGGCCCUCGGCUCGGAGCACAUGAACACGCUGCUGGGCAACAUCCUGAAGAUCAUCUACAACAACCUGGGCGUCGACGAGGGCGCGUGGAUGAAGCGGCUGGCAGUGUUCUCCCAGCCCAUCAUCAACAAAGUGAAGCCUCAGCUCUUGAAGACGCACUUCCUGCCCCUGAUGGAGAAGCUGAAGAAAAAGGCGGCCAUGGUGGUCUCUGAGGAAGACCAUCUGAAAGCCGAGGCCAGAGGGGACAUGUCGGAGGCCGAGCUCCUCAUCCUCGAUGAGUUCACCACGCUGGCCAGGGAUCUCUACGCCUUCUACCCGCUCCUGAUUCGAUUUGUGGACUAUAACAGGGCAAAGUGGCUGAAGGAGCCGAACCCGGAGGCGGAGGAGCUGUUCCGCAUGGUGGCCGACGUCUUCAUCUAUUGGUCCAAGUCCCACAAUUUCAAAAGAGAAGAACAGAACUUCGUCGUGCAGAACGAAAUCAACAACAUGUCUUUCCUCAUUACCGACACCAAAUCAAAGAUGUCCAAGGCCGCAGUUUCGGACCAGGAAAGGAAGAAAAUGAAGCGCAAGGGGGACCGGUACUCUAUGCAGACGUCUCUCAUCGUGGCUGCUCUGAAGCGGUUGCUGCCCAUCGGCCUCAACGUCUGUGCCCCUGGCGACCAGGAACUCAUAGCGCUGGCCAAAACCAGAUUCAGCCUGAAAGACACCGAGGACGAAGUGCGAGACAUCAUUCGCAGCAAUAUUCACUUCCAAGGCAAGCUGGAGGACCCUGCUAUCCGGUGGCAGAUGGCGCUUUACAAAGACUUGCCCAACAGGACCGAGGUCGCCUCGGAUCCAGAGAGGACGGUGGAGAGAGUGCUGGAUAUCGCAAACGUGCUUUUCCACCUUGAGCAGAGAUCUAAAAAUACUGGCCGUGGCUAUUACAGUCUGGGAAGUACAGUGGAGCAUCCUCAGAGAUCUAAGAAAGCUGUGUGGCACAAGCUCCUGUCUAAGCAGAGGAAAAGGGCCGUGGUGGCCUGCUUUCGGAUGGCUCCCUUGUACAACCUGCCAAGGCACCGGGCCGUCAAUCUCUUUCUCCAGGGAUACGAAAAGUCGUGGAUCGAGACAGAAGAGCAUUACUUUGAAGAUAAACUGAUUGAAGAUUUAGCCAAACCUGGGGCUGAGCCCCCCGAGGAGGAUGAAGGCAUGAAGAGAGUCGACCCCCUGCACCAGCUCAUCCUUCUGUUCAGCCGCACGGCUUUGACCGAGAAAUGCAAACUGGAGGAAGAUUAUUUAUAUAUGGCUUAUGCGGAUAUUAUGGCAAAGAGUUGUCACGAUGAGGAAGACGAUGAUGGCGAAGAGGAAGUGAAGAGCUUUGAAGAAAAAGAAAUGGAAAAGCAAAAGCUCCUGUACCAGCAAGCCAGACUGCACGACCGGGGAGCGGCGGAGAUGGUUCUGCAGACGAUCAGCGCCAGCAAAGGGGACACGGGGCCAAUGGUAGCUGCUACUCUGAAACUAGGAAUUGCUAUCUUAAAUGGCGGCAACUCCACAGUGCAACAGAAGAUGCUGGACUACCUGAAGGAGAAGAAGGACGUGGGAUUCUUCCAGAGCCUGGCCGGCCUGAUGCAGUCCUGCAGUGUCCUUGACCUAAAUGCAUUCGAGAGGCAGAACAAAGCGGAAGGCCUGGGCAUGGUGACGGAGGAAGGAUCAGGCGAGAAGGUGCUGCAGGACGACGAGUUCACCUGCGAUCUCUUCCGAUUCCUGCAGCUGCUGUGUGAGGGACACAGCUCAGAUUUUCAGAAUUAUCUGAGGACUCAGACCGGCAACAAUACCACGGUCAACAUCAUUAUCUCCACCGUGGACUACCUGCUCAGGGUUCAGGAAUCCAUUAGUGACUUCUAUUGGUAUUACUCUGGGAAAGAUGUCAUUGACGAGCAGGGACAGCGGAACUUCUCCAAAGCCAUUCAAGUAGCAAAACAAGUCUUUAACACUCUCACGGAGUAUAUUCAGGGUCCGUGCACGGGCAACCAGCAGAGCUUGGCCCACAGCCGGCUGUGGGACGCCGUGGUGGGCUUCCUCCACGUCUUUGCCCACAUGCAGAUGAAGCUGUCGCAGGAUUCCAGCCAGAUCGAGUUGUUGAAGGAGCUGAUGGACCUCCAGAAGGACAUGGUCGUCAUGCUGCUCUCCAUGUUAGAAGGUAAUGUUGUCAAUGGAACAAUCGGCAAGCAGAUGGUGGACAUGCUCGUGGAGUCUUCCAACAACGUGGAGAUGAUCCUGAAGUUCUUCGACAUGUUCUUAAAGCUGAAGGACUUGACGUCUUCGGACACGUUUAAGGAGUAUGACCCGGACGGCAAAGGCGUCAUUUCCAAGCGAGAUUUCCACAAAGCCAUGGAGAGCCACAAGCACUACACGCAGUCCGAGACCGAGUUCCUCCUGUCCUGCGCGGAGACGGACGAGAACGAGACCCUGGAUUACGAGGAGUUCGUCAAGCGGUUCCACGAGCCGGCCAAGGACAUCGGCUUCAACGUGGCCGUGCUGCUCACCAACCUUUCCGAGCACAUGCCCAACGACUCGCGGCUGCAGACCUUCCUGGAGCUGGCGGAGAGCGUGCUCAACUACUUCCAGCCCUUCCUGGGCCGCAUCGAGAUCAUGGGCAGCGCCAAGCGCAUCGAGCGGGUGUACUUCGAGAUCAGCGAGUCCAGCCGCACGCAGUGGGAGAAGCCGCAGGUGAAGGAGUCCAAGCGCCAGUUCAUCUUCGACGUGGUCAACGAGGGCGGCGAGAAGGAGAAGAUGGAGCUGUUUGUGAACUUCUGCGAGGACACCAUCUUCGAGAUGCAGCUGGCCGCGCAGAUCUCCGAGUCGGACCUGAACGAGCGCUCGGCCAACAAGGAGGAGGGGGACAGGGAGAAGCCGGAGGAGCAGGGGCCCCGCAUGGGCUUCUUCUCCAUCCUGACCGUCCGGUCGGCCCUGUCGGCGCUCAGGUACAACGUGCUGACCCUCCUGCGCAUGCUCAGCCUGAAGAGCCUGAAGAAGCAGGUGAAGAAGGCCAAGAAGAUGACGGUGAAGGACCUGCUGGCCGCCCUGCUCGCGUCCUACUGCGGCGUCUUCCUGGCGCUCCUGCACUUCCUGGCCAGCGUCUGCAGGGGCUUCUUCCGCAUCGCCUGCGGCCUGCUGCUGGGGGCCAGCCUCGUCGAGGGCGCCAAGAAGAUCAAGGUGGCCGAGCUCCUGGCCAACAUGCCCGACCCCACGCAGGACGAGGUGCGGGGCGACGCCGAGGACGGGGACAGGAAGCCCCUGGAGGCCGCCCUCCCCUCCGAAGACCUCAUGGACCUGAAGGAGCUCACGGAGGAGAGCGACCUGCUCUCCGACAUCUUCGGCUUGGAUCUGAAGCGGGAGGGAGGGCAGUACAAGCUCAUUCCCCACAACCCCAACGCGGGCCUCGGGGACCUGAUGGCCAGCCCAGCCCCCGCCCCUGAGGAGCAGGACGGGCUUCAGGAGCAGAAGGCAAACGAAGAAGAAAAGGAAGAAAAAGAAGAAACUAAAUCGGAACCAGAAAAGGCUGAGGGGGAGGAUGGAGAGAAAGAAGAAAAAGCCAAGGAGGACAAGGGCAAGCCCAAGUCCAGGCAGCUCCACACGCACAGAUACGGGGAGCCAGAGGCCCCGGAGUCGGCGUUCUGGAAGAAGAUCAUAGCGUACCAACAGAAACUGCUGAACUAUUUUGCUCGCAACUUUUACAACAUGAGGAUGCUGGCCCUCUUCGUCGCCUUCGCCAUCAAUUUCAUCCUGCUGUUUUAUAAGGUCUCCACUUCUUCUGUGGUUGAAGGAAAGGAGCCGCCCGCUUCGCGGAGCCCCAGCGAGCCCACGCCCGCGGCCGUCGGGCUGGAGGGCGGCCGCCCGCCGCGCGCCAUCACCGUGCGCUUCGUGCUGGAGGAGAGCAGCGGCUACAUGGAGCCCACCCUGCGCAUCCUGGCCGUCCUCCACACCGUCAUCUCCUUCUUCUGCAUCAUCGGCUACUACUGCCUCAAGGUCCCACUGGUUAUUUUCAAGCGGGAGAAGGAGGUAGCCCGGAAACUGGAAUUUGACGGGCUCUACAUCACCGAGCAGCCGUCGGAGGACGACAUCAAGGGUCAGUGGGACAGGCUGGUCAUCAACACACAGUCAUUUCCCAACAACUACUGGGAUAAAUUUGUGAAGAGAAAGGUUAUGGACAAGUACGGGGAGUUCUACGGCCGCGACAGGAUCAGCGAGUUGCUAGGCAUGGACAAGGCGGCCCUGGACUUCAGCGACGCCAGGGAGAAGAAGAAGCCCAAGAAAGACAGCUCCUUGUCGGCGGUGCUGAACUCCAUUGACGUGAAGUAUCAGAUGUGGAAACUGGGAGUUGUUUUCACCGACAAUUCCUUCCUCUACCUAGCCUGGUACAUGACCAUGUCCGUCCUUGGACACUACAACAACUUCUUCUUCGCUGCUCAUCUUCUCGACAUCGCCAUGGGAUUCAAGACCCUGAGAACCAUCUUGUCCUCGGUGACUCACAAUGGCAAGCAGCUGGUCUUGACCGUGGGCUUGUUAGCCGUCGUGGUGUACCUCUACACGGUGGUGGCGUUCAACUUCUUCCGGAAAUUCUACAAUAAAAGUGAAGAUGGGGACACCCCGGACAUGAAAUGUGACGACAUGCUGACGUGUUACAUGUUCCACAUGUAUGUGGGGGUCCGCGCCGGAGGGGGCAUCGGCGACGAAAUCGAGGACCCCGCGGGCGACGAGUACGAGAUCUACAGGAUCAUCUUCGACAUCACCUUCUUCUUCUUCGUCAUCGUCAUCCUCCUGGCCAUCAUACAAGGUUUAAUCAUCGACGCCUUUGGCGAGCUGAGAGACCAGCAGGAGCAGGUCAAGGAGGACAUGGAGACCAAGUGUUUCAUCUGUGGCAUCGGCAAUGAUUACUUCGACACGGUGCCGCAUGGCUUUGAGACCCACACGUUACAGGAGCACAACCUGGCCAAUUACCUGUUUUUUCUGAUGUAUCUCAUAAACAAGGAUGAGACGGAGCACACAGGUCAGGAAUCGUAUGUCUGGAAGAUGUAUCAAGAGAGAUGUUGGGAGUUUUUCCCAGCUGGAGAUUGUUUCCGGAAGCAAUACGAAGACCAGCUAAAUUGAAAAUCUACCGUAACCACUUCAGAAAACUCCAAACGCAACUCUCUUUUUCCCUCCCUCCCUCCCUCCCUCCCUCCCUCCCUCCUUCCCCCACCUUGGAAACACCUUGCUGGUUUUGUCAUUCGCCAGUGGUCUGUGCCCGCUGGGAGCAUCCGCGUCGAUCUCAGAGGACUUGAGUGGUUUUUCCCACCACCGUGUGUAUUUUCUUUGAGAAAUAAAGACCAAGGAAGAAUCUUAAUCCAUACAGGGACUGCCUAGGAACUCUGGGAAGAGAACCGUGGUGGAAGCACAGUGUCCCCAACCCCCCGGGGACACAGGCUCUCCCCGGGGGCCCAGAGGACCUUCCCGGCCCAGCGCGACAGCCACACUCACCGGCCUCAUCAUUUCACUGUCAGGAAGGAACUGUGUGAGGGUCCCGAGCACCGAGGGCCCCAGCCGAUGGCCACGGGCAGCAGCUGUGGAGGAGAAUAGUGCCUUACUCUAUGUGGGUUGAGCUAUGCAGAAGAUGCGUGCAUGAUCAGACAUCUUUAUUUUCUUUAUGUCAGCCGUUUUUUCUCACUUAGGUAGAUAGGUUUUUGUGAGUGUUUUUUUCUUUUCUCCUUUAUUUUUUUUUCCCCCCCUUUGGUGGGGAAAGGUAAGCUAAGCCUUUUGCACCUUUUUUUGUGUGUGUGUUGUUUUCAAAAGGCAGGUGGUAUGUGUCAGGAUGGA